UUUUAUACGAGAUUCUUCAGUGCCUUGUUUUGAGAACAGAGCAUGGGCACAUUGCAAAAGCUCUCGGAAAAAGAAAUUUUAUAAUUGGUCAACUUUACUAGGGUGUGUGUUUGAUCAUCAGCUAGCGUUGGUUUGGUUGAGAUUAGACUUUAAUUUUGUGGUACAGAAGAUAGAAACAAAACAAACAUGUGGCCUUUUUGGUGGAAAGGAGCAUCUGGGUUCUCUGCUCGUUCCACAGCUGAAGAAGUCACUCAUGGAAUCGAUGGUACUGGUCUCACUGCUAUCGUCACAGGAGCAUCAAGUGGUAUUGGGGAAGAGACUACUCGUGUUCUUGCUCUUCGUGGUGUUCAUGUUGUAAUGGCGGUAAGGAAUACAGAUUCUGGUAAUCAAGUCAGAGAUAAGAUACUUAAGGAAAUACCUCAGGCUAAGAUUGAUGUAAUGAAGUUGGAUCUUAGCUCUAUGGCUUCUGUCAGGAGCUUUGCAUCAGAGUAUCAGUCUUUGGACCUUCCCUUGAAUCUUCUCAUCAAUAAUGCGGGGAUUAUGGCAUGUCCCUUCUUGCUUUCUAGCGACAACAUUGAAUUACAGUUUGCAACCAAUCAUUUGGGUCAUUUUCUGUUGACAAACCUUCUUUUGGAGAGGAUGAAGAAAACAGCUAGUGAAAGCAAUAGAGAAGGAAGAAUUGUUAUUGUCUCAUCAGAAGGUCAUCGAUUUGCUUACCGGGAAGGUGUUCAGUUUGACAAAAUAAAUGAUGAAGCAAGGUACAAUACUUUGCAAGCAUAUGGUCAGUCAAAGCUCGGUAACAUCUUGCACGCUACUGAGCUCGCUAGGCUAUUCAAGGAACAAGGUGUGAAUAUCACUGCUAAUUCACUUCAUCCUGGAUCCAUUAUGACCAAUCUUUUACGCUACCACAGCUUCAUAAAUAGUAAAUCCUCUUUCGCCUUAUAUAUCAUUUCUGACUUUCCUUUGUUUAUUUAAUACUGCAUACUGGACUGACACUCGAUAAACAACGGAUUAACUUGUGUCGCCUUGUAAAAUUUAGUUUGAGCCUGCACUGUGACUCAUAUCCUAGGUGAUGUUUGAUCCUGUAUUAUAAUUAACUAGUAUAAGUUUAACCCUGUGUUAAUCUACACAUUUUCAAAAUGUUGUUCCGUAGUAACUAGUAAGCUUGUCAAUGAAUGUUUAUGAUCUAACAAUAGAUGCAUCAGAGAACCAACCGAUAACGGCAUGAAUUUCUUUCUCUUGUUUGACGCAGCAAUUGGUAAUGCGGUGGGGAAGUAUGUGCUGAAGAGCAUUCCACAGGGAGCGGCAACUACCUGUUAUGCUGCGCUUCAUCCUCAGGCAAAAGGAGUGAGUGGAGAAUACUUGAUGGACAACAACAUAUCUGACCCUAAUUCUCAGGGUAAAGACAAAGAUCUGGCCAAAAAACUAUGGGAGUUUAGCUUGAGGCUAACUGGUGAAGAAGAAUCAUAGAUACUUUUUCGAAGUUACAGUCUUACACUCUUACAGAUAAAGAGAUAUGGUUUAGUAACAAAAUUCUUAUGAAUAUAAAGUUCGAUUUUUUUUUCAUUAUCAAUCGACCCUUUUUUUUAUGUAUUCUAAGUUUGGUUUGAAAUCGUAGGAUUGUUGUAAUGUGAUAUCAUAAACCAGAGGUUCCGGGUUAAGGGAUUUUUUUCAUUGCA